GGGGUGGGGCGGCUCAGUCCCGCGCCUGGCGCUGCAAGGGCUGCACGUGUGUCGGCAGCCGUAUGAGCGCGGCGGCGUGCUAGCGCAGCGAGCGCGGGUGUGGUAUGCCCGCGCGGUGCCGCUAUGGUGCCGAUCCUGGCGGCCUUCGCGCUGCUGGCUCUGCUGCCCGUGUCGGAGCAAGGUCCACACGAAAAACGUCUGCUGAACGCCCUGCUGGCGUCUUACAACACCCUGGAGCGUCCUGUGGCCAAUGAGAGCGAGCCCCUAGAGGUACGCUUUGGGCUGACACUGCAACAAAUCAUAGAUGUGGAUGAGAAAAAUCAAAUCCUGACCACGAACGUCUGGCUAAACUUGGAAUGGAAUGACUACAACCUAAGGUGGAACGAGAGCGAGUACGGAGGCGUCAAGGACUUAAGGAUAACACCGAACAAACUUUGGAAACCAGACGUUCUCAUGUACAACAGUGCUGACGAGGGUUUUGACGGGACAUACCAGACGAACGUGGUGGUCAGAAACAACGGCAGUUGUCUGUACGUGCCCCCGGGCAUUUUCAAGAGCACAUGCAAGAUAGAUAUCACGUGGUUUCCCUUCGACGACCAACACUGUGAUAUGAAGUUUGGUAGCUGGACAUAUGAUGGCAAUCAGCUGGACCUCAUCUUGAAGGACGAAGCCGGUGGCGACCUAUCAGAUUUCAUCACGAAUGGAGAAUGGUACUUAAUAGGAAUGCCGGGCAAAAAGAACACAAUUACAUACGCUUGCUGCCCAGAGCCGUACGUGGACGUCACCUUCACCAUCAUGAUCAGGAGGAGAACGCUGUACUACUUCUUCAAUCUCAUCGUGCCGUGCGUUCUGAUAUCCUCAAUGGCGCUACUAGGCUUCACGCUACCACCAGAUUCUGGGGAGAAAUUGACACUCGGAGUCACUAUUCUACUGUCGCUGACGGUGUUUCUCAAUCUGGUGGCAGAAACUCUGCCGCAGGUGUCCGAUGCUAUCCCCUUGUUAGGUGUUACGAUUCUCCUGUCGCAAACCGUUUUCUCUCUAUUGGUGGGACACGUCAUCACUAAAACAUCAGAGGCUAUCCCGCUAAUAGGUACAUAUUUCAACUGUAUUAUGUUCAUGGUGGCCUCGUCUGUGGUGCUCACCGUUGUGGUGUUGAACUACCAUCAUCGAACGGCUGACAUCCAUGAGAUGCCACAAUGGAUAAAGACUGUGUUCCUCCAAUGGCUGCCCUGGAUUCUGCGUAUGUCCAGGCCGGGUAAGAAGAUCACGAGGAAGACCAUCAUGAUGUCCAACAGGAUGCGAGAGUUGGAGCUAAAAGAGCGUUCGUCUAAGUCGCUGUUAGCCAACGUGCUGGAUAUAGACGACGACUUUAGACAUGCCCCGCCCCCGCCCAACAGUACUGCUUCUACAGGCAACUUGGGGCCUGGAACGGACUUUCGGCGUUCGUUCGUCCGCCCUUCGACGAUGGAGGACGUGGGCGGAGGGCUCAGUAGCCACCACAGGGAGCUGCAUCUCAUCCUGCGCGAACUCCAGUUCAUCACAGCCAGGAUGAAGAAGGCCGAUGAGGAGGCCGAGCUGAUCAGCGACUGGAAAUUCGCUGCAAUGGUAGUGGACAGGUUUUGCUUGUUCGUGUUCACGUUGUUCACGAUAAUAGCGACGGUGGCCGUGCUGUUGUCGGCGCCGCAUAUCAUCGUGCAGUGAGACGGUACCGUGCUCAUGUGCAUGCUCACUUAUAGUAUGAGAGAACUAAUUUUAAUCGAAAUUAAGGUACUGUAAUUUAUAUUAAUUAAUUUAAUUUUAAACGCGUUGAAACGGACACGUGUCGCUAACAUUGUCAGUAACUAUGCGAUUUGGGUACUGUUCCUCUGUGUAAUCUAAACUAUUUAUUAAAUUUCAAAAGGUUUCCUCUUCAUGGGAGGAGGUUUCUUUAGACACUAUAGUACCGAUUACUAAGAUUAAUAAGUUUCAGUCAUUGGAAUAAUUUAACCAAAAUGGUUAGUCACUACAAGAGUGUGUUCGUCUAUUUUUCUUUCAAUAUUGUCAGCAGAUGAAUGAGUUCAAUAAACUGUAAAGAAACUUCGGAAGUUGGUCGGUAACGAUAACUUAGCUAAGUGAGGGUACACUUGUCAGCACUCAACCGGGGUCGUUGGUAUGCCGAAGCGAACCAGUAAAAUAGUUUAGAUUAUGCCGUUCCGGUAAUAGUUUGUUUAACGCAAGUUUUAACUUCCAGAUAGCGUCUGUGUAUAUAGAACCUAAGUCGCAAGACGGUAAAUGACAUGGAAAUACAUUAUAUGUAACUAAAAAGAAAUAAUUAGUUAAGCCAUAUAAAUGUUAUUGUAAAACAAUUGUGAUGUUAAUCUGAUUAAAUAUUGAAAUAUGUAAUUUAUUAAUUAAUUAAAAAAAAAAUGAUAAUAUAAAAAGUUUUAAGAUUCGAUGGUGAAGUAUUUGAAGCUGGUUUCGUCGUUGCGUCGAAGGCUUCUGAGAUAAAAGCUGAAAAAUCAUUGAAUUUACAGUCCACGAAUUCACAACUUGCCCAAAAGCGAUAUAGGAAUAUAAAAUCAAAUUAAGGUUUGACAGUGUCAAAAUUUAGGCCCGGAUACAAAUAUUUUUUAGACAUUGCGUGUGUUCAAGUUUUAAGCAUAUAAGCAAACGUUUUUGUUCCCACACGAGCCAAAAUUUUAGCAAAAUGUACCUAACUUUCCUGUAAUUUUUUCCAUUACGUGUGUGGUACAAUGGUAGGUAAGAGCUGUCUAUAAUAUUGAGAGACGUGUUGAUAAAGAGAUCACUUUUCAUUUAGCGUAAGUGACAUGUAACUAAUAAAGGAUCAUCGGAUUAGGAGCAAGAUCAAGAAUAUAAUAUCUUAGGAACAUCGGGAGUGUGCAGACUGGUUUUGGCACGCGAUAAGGGUUUUUAAUUCAUUUUAUUCAUUUAUAAUUUUAUGAAUUCGUUCAAGGAUUUGAUACAAGGUAAAAUUGGGUAGGUGAACCGUUUCUUCUAUAGAAUUGAGACUACUGCAUGUCCUUGAGGUUACUACCUAUUUUUGGGAUUCCUAAUGAGCUAGUUCGUGGAGUGACGUAACUAAAAACUUUGACUUUUCCACAUGUAACAAAUAUACCAGCCCUUCUGACGUAAUAAUGUUGCCAGCCUUCAAAUUGUCUGAUUUGUUGAUAAACGCGUUUUAUUUUAAUCUUUGGAAUUGUGGGGAAUUGAUAAAUAAACAAUUUAAUGGAACCAAACUUUUAAAAAUAUUUAGUGAGGUUGUGUCGAGAUAUUGACUUAAAAUAAUACAUAAGAAUAAUAAUACAUAUAUUUAAUAAUUAGUGUAAAAUAAUGAGAAUGAGAGAUAACCGAAAAGUUUUUAUCUAGUUUAAUAAUAAUAAAAAAACGAAUUGCUAAUUAUUGGAAAAUAGCCACAUUUAAUCGAUUUGUACUGUUAUCGAUUUCGUAUGUCUUAGAAUCAAUGUUGUUUAGCAAGUUUUUAUAGAGCACGACUUCGAACCUGUUAGCUCGUGUUUGAUAUCCCGUUAGGAGUAUGUCGAGAGUGCCAACCUUAUUGUCGUACGCAUGUAUUACUUCGGAUGCAAAAUUUAGGCUGUUACCAGCCCAGCGAGAUCUAGUUGCGAGAUAUGAGGUACUGUAGUCCUAGAGCCCGCCAACUAUUGGCAACUUGAAAAAUACGAAUACAAAAUUAUCUACUAACGAAACCAAAUUACGGAUUCUUCUCUCUCUUCCAAUGCUCGCUUUAAGAAGAGAUCUUUUAGAAACCGGACCGGCUCUAUUAAUGGCUAAUAGUUACUAUGGAUUUAUGAGUCAAUUACGGUGAAACAAAAGCCGUAAUACUCUGUCGUGUAAAAAAUAAUAAUACGCUCAUUAGAUUAUCUGUUAAAUUUCGCACGGUACACCUUAGAACGCAUAUAUUGUAUUUUCGCCAACACGUGAACAUUAAAUAAAAUCAAUUGAAAAAAAAAGACUAAUGAAUAUUUAGGUAAGUAAAGCAUAAGUCACUUUCCGGUAGCUCACUAAUUGUAAUGUUCGGUAAUCGUUCGAGACGAUUGUGAAAAAACACCAGGAGGUAUAGCUAUAUUCAAACAAAACAUCUAAAAGAACCAAAAGUAUAAUUUUCAAAAACGUUAAUAAAGAUACUCAGGUAUAUUUCUUUAUUUAUUUUUAGACAACAUUAUGUUAUCAGUUUUGAUUUAAAAGAAUAUGAAAUUAUUUAAAAACAUAAUUGAAAAAUUUCGUAAUUUUAAAUGCAUAAACGUUAUCAUGGUGUUUCAAAUCAAAUUUAAGUUUUAGUGCGUUUAUUCAUAUUUGUAUUUGUUGGCGAAAUUUCAAGUCGCCCCAAAACAUAUUUCUAAAGUAAUUGUGCAGAUUUUAGAACAGCAGGAAUUAGUGAAUUAGCUGUGCCUCUGAGGUUGCUGAUGUCCAUGAUCAACGGAAACAUUUUUACCUGAAAAAAUUAUACUGUUUCUCUACUGAAUAUUACAGACUCGAGUGAUCACAAAUAUCGAAAUAUCGUAGUACAAUAUAUUGUAGCAAUGUAAAAAUAGCAUUACAUAUUACAAAAUAUAUUAUAUAGAUACAUUAGUGUAUGUAUUAAAGUAAUUAAAAUAAUAAUCUUUCUCCGUUCUUCAUUUUCAUUCUAUAGGUGUCGUGAUAGUUUUAGUAAAUGUGUCUCCUUUAGAAAAAAAAAAAACAUUUAAUAUAAAUCUAAGACCAAAAAAAUAAUUUAAAGUAAAUCUAAAUUUAAUUAAUUCAAUUCAAGUAAAUUAAAUUCAAAACAAAAUUGUUCAACUAUCUACAUUCUUUACGUUGCUUUAUUUAUGAAUGGAAAUGAACGAGGAAUUGUAUUUUAGACUCAAAUUAUGUAAAACGCAAUUUAUAAGUCUACAGUCUUACUGCCUCAACAAGUUUAAUUUAACUCUGUGGUACUGAAAUUGAUGGUUCAUGUUAAAAUAAUUUUAUCAUCAUUCUCAUACCACUAAACAGAUAUAAAUUAACGAUCAGCUAACGUUGCAAUAAAUAAAAAUGGAAAUUAAUUAAUUAGUGCCAAAACAAAACAUACUUAGCGUUUAUAAAUCUAUCUAUAAAUAAGUUGGUUUAUAGGGGUAUAAAAUAUAAAUGAUAAAAAUAAUGUAUAAAAUAAUAAUAAAUUGAAUUUUUAUUACAAUAAAACGAACUAGUUGAUUUAUAUUAAUUGAAUAUCGGAUUGCGUGCACGGCCGAUCAGCCAUUUAAUUGAAAAAUAAAAUUAAGUAUAUAAAUAAAAGGUUGUGAAACGAUUGUAGCAUCCGUGUUAGCGAUUCGAUGUUUAAAUAUUAAAUUUACAAUAAAUGAAAGUAGUUUGUCUACUUUUAAAAUUAUAUUAGAAAUAAAUCGGAAUUAAUAAAGCAUGCUUGGGACCGGUCUUACAAUAAAUUAUUUGAAGCGAAAUUGACAAUUAUUUCAUUAAUUUCUUACUUUAAUUAAAACUCUUAAAAUAGGGUAUAUUUAUUGUCUUCUCAGUAAACCGUACACCUACGGGUUGGAAAAAUAAUACAAAAGCGAGAUUUGACACAUUUUUCCUAGACGUAUUAUAUACUAUUACGGUCAGUUUCAGGCCGAAACGUGAAGCAUAAAAGAGGCGAAUUAAUUACGUUUUUUAUCAUUACAUAUUAUGACAUUUACUGUGGAUAUAAUAACAAAAAAGGAAUGAGUCGAAUGUGCCCGCCAUUUUGGAAUGUUACUAUCGUCACGUUGGUCAAUUGACUUCGCAUUACUAAAUGCGCGCCAUAUUUAAAUGUAUUUUUCUAUUUUGCUUCACUAUUUAGCUUUGAUACUGUUCUUUCAAAAUUUCUUACUAAGUAAUCUAGUUAUUAAACCUAUUAAAUCACUUUGUAAAGCAUAUAUCGGUAUAAAUUAAUAUCUUUUCAAACUCUUUGCGUGACGUGCACAAUAGUUUUAAGAUUUAAAUCUGUUAACUGAUUCUCCCAAUUUUACACACCUUUUUGUAAUUAACUGCACAGAUGCGAUUAUUUCACAUCAAAUACUUGGCUUUGGCCUAGUAUGCACAUUCGAGAGCUAUUGUAACUUAAUAAUAUUAAAAGUACUUAUGGAUAAUUAGUUUCUCUUGUGACCAUUUACCAACUAAUUACGCUUUAUGGCAAUGACCAGUUUUAUUUCAGAUGAAAAGUAUUUCAAGACAAGAUCAGUUUGUUGAGACUUGGGGUAUUAAAAAAAUCAGGGAUACCACACAGGCGCUUUUGUCAUAUAAUUUUGUAUCCAUUACAAACUAAAAUCCUGAAAUAUUACGCAGAUGUUUUGCUCUCGAUUGUUUUUACGUAAAUAUGUUUCAACGUAAUGAUAUGAUUGAAAUUUUUCCAAUUAUAUUUCGAUUUCCGAUCAAUGUAGCGUCACGCAAGAAGUUUCCAACAACACACCGCACAACAGUAACCUAAUGCUUUAAACGUGAGACAGGUAUUUUUAAAUUUCAUUGUGUAAGUACAUUAAAUGAAAAAAAAAUCUCAAAUUAAUUAGUAUUAAUUAGAAUCGUCAGUGUUUUACUAUUGAAUUUUAUAAUUUUAGAUUUUAAGGUCGCGCUUUGUUUUAUGUGAAAAAUGCUGCCACACUGAUAACAAAUUAUAAUUUUUUUAAUCACUGAUCGUCAAAUAUUGUGCAUCUCUGUUAAUUAUAUUAUACUAAUAAGAUUCCGACUCACUCUACUUGCUUCAUCUUUAUUCUCUUAUCAAGCAUUUUUCUAUUCUAAUGUAUAUUUCCUAAAACAAUAUAAUCUUCUGAAUUUAGACUAAAAUCUAGUGCUUCAAUAUUACAAGUUUUGUCUGAAAAUUUUCUUCCUUCAUGCCAAAACGUUUUUUGAUGUGUAAAUAAUUAUUUCGGGAAAUGGAUUUUGGUUAAAAUAUUUUAUUAGAAUUGUUUAUUACAAUUCCAUUUUUUUUGCAAUGGAAAUACGCAAAAAACAGAUUAUAUUUUAAAUUGUCUAUUUAUCGGCCAUUCUGAAUCUCACUGCCAUGGCACUUUGAAUUUUGAUGUUUAAAUUCUGUCAUAAUAUAAUCUUUGUGUUUAUGAAAGUAAAAAAAAAACUCUUUUAGAUUCAUAGUACCUACAUAACAUUACAUAUACUUUUUAUGAAACAAUUAAUUUAUUGAUCCACACUGUGUUCCUGCAGCUAAACAGUAGAUAAAAUCAAUAAUAAAAUAAAAUAUGACUGCAAAGUAAAUAUUUAAAUCGAUUCUAAUGUAAGUCUUAACUGAAAGCCUCCACGGAGGUUAUGCAUUAAUAAAUAAAUUAAAACCUUAAUGAAUACAUACAUGGUGGUGUGAAAAUGUAAAAUAUUGUAUUUAAACGAGACGAGUGUAAUAAAAGUGUUAUUCGUUAAUAAAUUUAUUAUCGUAAGUAGUAUUCGAUUUGAAUAAAAACUAUUAAAUAAAUUAAAGCAAUCUGAUUUAUA